CCCAGCACCCCUCCGCCCGCAGCAAUGGCAACCCCCCAGGCCCUCGAGCUCGCGAAAUCGCUGCCCCCGCGGCUGCUGCGCUUCUUCCAGCGCUACCCGCCGCCGCAGCUGUUCCCGGCCAUCACAUCGUCCAUCGCCGCGGACGCAUCGACCGCACCAACACCCGCGACCACACUCCCGCCCUCCACCGACGCCGCCCCCGCCCCCAUCGACCCCGUCGACCCCGCCGCCCUCCCCUUCCCCAACCCCUUCCUGCCCAGCAAAAACCACCUCACGGGCCGCUGGCACAGCCCAACCUACGGCCUGCGCAAGCAAGCGGACCUAGUGAAACUCGCCUCAGCCUACGGCGUCGUGGACCUGCUGCCCUGGACGAUCAAGAAGCCGGGCGAGAAAGAAGCGCGCCGGAUUGAGCGCGGGCUGGCGGUCAAGGGGACGGGCGUGGGGCAGCGGGUCAAGGGCAAGCUGUGGGAGCGCACGAUGAAGGGGCGGCUGGAGAUGCGGAGGCAGGCUAUGUUGGAUAUGCCAAGGUUGAUUCAGGAGUGGAAACAGAGGGGGCAUGGGCGUGGGUGGACGAAGUGGCCGAGUGGGAAGGCGAAGAAGAGGUAGAGGAGUGGAGAAUGAGGAUUGGACGGGAAUGGGCCUGGGUCUGUGUAUGUGUAUGUGUAUGGAUUGGUGGGCGUGCUUUGGACAGCGGGACGGCCUGCUUUGUAUCAUAUCAGCGCGAGAGAGCUGGAGCGGUGCAACGACAUAU